AUGCUUUCAUCAGCGUCCUUCCGAGCAGCAGCGCCUCUCCGGCGACUCAUUUCAAGACAAACCUCGCACUCAUUUAGUAGCUCCGUACCUAAAUCCCGCCUUGUACUACCCUCAGUCAACCUUACCACAAAGCCUUCUUCCAAAAUCGAGCCCUCAGUUAUUCAGUCUGCAUCUUUCGCCACCAGCGCCGAAGCUCCCGCUGAGCAGGUAAACCAGAACUUCGCUGCUGUUGCAACAGGCGGUAUCCCGUAUCCUGGUAUUCCCAGCAUCGAGGAUCCGUACCAGAAGCGACAAUGGCAGCUGGAGCAUAUGGCUGGUGCGUUUCGUGUGUUUUCCCGUAUGGGUUUCACUGAAGGUGCUGCGGGACAUAUCAGCGUGAGGGAUCCUGUUGAUCCUGAUACGUUCUGGAUUAAUCCCAUGGGCGUUCACUUUGGCAUGCUUAAAGCAAGUGAUAUGGUUCACAUUAACGAACAAGGGCAAGUUAUCGGCGGUAACCGUGUGGCUGUUAACGCAGCUGGUUUUACAAUCCAUGCAGCCAUUCACAAAGCCAGACCCGAUGUGCACGCCGCGUGCCACGCUCACUCUAAGUACGGAAAAGCCUGGUCGUCCUUUAGCAAGCCACUCGAGAUGCUCAACCAAGACGCGUGUAUCUUCUACAAGGACCACAGCGUGUACUCCGACUUCGGAGGUGUUGUCUUUGAAGACGAUGAGGGUGCUCGUAUUGCAAAGGCGCUGGGCCCAACCAACCGGUCGGUGAUCUUGCAGAACCAUGGAAUAUUGACCGCGGGAGGAACUGUUGAUGAAGCGGCGUAUCUCUUCUCGCUGUUGGAGAGGACGUGUGAGGUACAGCUUUUGGUCGAGAGUGCCAGGUUGCAGAGGCAGGUUAUUGGGGACGAAGAGGCUGAGUAUACUUAUCGAUAUAACGCCGACCCGACGACUCUGUACACAGAAUUCCAGCCUGAUUUCGAGUACGAAGUCUGGAAGUCAAAGGGGGAACUUCAAUCUGGAGUUAACUGA